AACGGUUCCUGCGAUGCCAACUGCUGUGAGCCCUAUGGCAUACGCUACUCCAACUCCCACAAUGCGAGUUCCCUCAGUACCACUUGUGACGAGUCCUAUGGUGCCAGCAUACGUGGUACCUGCUCCUGUCGCAGUGUCACCUCUACGCCAUCCGGUUGGUCUUGCUACGGGUGUUGCGCCGCCUCAUGUCGUUGAUACGGGCUUUGCUUUGGAUCCCGUGGUUGACGCAACUGAUGCACUACUACAGUUGGCUGCCGUCUGCGAGGUUCAUCAAAGCGGUGUUGUGGCCUCGAUUCCCGAAGGGGCGACAUUCGAAAUUGUUAGGGAAGAUGCGUACGGACAGGUGGUCGAGCCUGCUCAUUAUGGACAAGCAGGGUACAGUAACGGUGUUGCUGUAUCCCGGCCCCCUGUUUACAUGCAAGAAAAUAUUCCCAUGGAAGACGCAAGUUUCGUUGGAAUGCAGGCGCCUAAAGGUACCUCGCUGGGAGCUAAGACAAAUAGCGCGAAUGGUUGGUACAAGAAGGAUUCCUUCCGCAUUUAGAAGAUAGGAGUUGGUGAUAAGAUGUGAUGGCGCAUGGAUGAGUUCUGGUUACACUUGAGGCGGCGUUU